ACCAUCGCUUCAUUUAUCUAAACCGCUCUCUCAUCGGUUCCCGGUCAUCGUUUCUUCGCCGAGGAGAGAAGAUUUUGGCUCUAGGGUUUUCCCGCUCGUCCAUGAAGGUUGUCCAAUCUAGGGUUACGAUUGUUCUAUCAUCAUCAGUAGCAGAGCCGAGAAGAUGAGCGCCGUCAACAUUACCAACGUCGCCGUUUUGGAUAACCCCUCCGCUUUUCUCAACCCUUUUCAGUUCGAAAUUUCUUACGAGUGCUUGACUCCCCUCAAAGACGACUUGGAAUGGAAACUCACUUAUGUGGGGUCUGCUGAGGAUGAGACAUAUGAUCAACUUUUAGAGAGUGUGCUUGUUGGUCCUGUCAAUGUUGGCAACUAUCGCUUUGUUCUUCAGGCAGACCCACCAGACCCAUCAAAGAUCCGAGAUGAAGAUAUCAUUGGUGUCACAGUACUACUAUUGACUUGUUCUUAUAUGGGACAAGAGUUUAUUAGAGUUGGUUACUAUGUGAACAAUGACUACGGCGAUGAACAGCUGAGAGAGGAACCACCACCCAAGCUUUUGAUCGACAAGGUUCAAAGAAAUAUUCUUGCUGACAAACCAAGGGUGACAAAGUUCCCAAUCAAUUUUCAUCCUGACAACACUGAAAAUGGGGAGCAGCCCCCUGCUUCUUCACCUGAUCAUGUCACAGAGGUCAACGGUACUGAAGUCAAUGGUGCGGAAGUCAAUGGUGCUGAAAUCAAUGGUACCGAAGAAGAGCCACCCGUCUCAUCAUUAUGAUAAGCAAAAGUUUGUACGUUGAAGUGACUGCAUAACAAGUAUAGGGCUGCUGGCGUUUUAGCAUGGAGAUCAUUUCGGGUGGUCAUAGCUCUUCAAAAUUCAAGGAUCUCCUUGUCCAAAAUCCUUUUUUGACUGGUACGCUCUCGAGUAUCAAGCGGAAGUUGUUAUGACCUGAUUUGUCUGAGAUCCAUGAGAAUACAAGUUCAAUUACUUUAUGUCACAUAUGAUUGCCUCAAAAUUUUGUGUUUGUUUGUUGUUCAAACUGUGAUGUGUUUCAAUGUUCUAGGAACUUUGUGAAGGUAGUGAAAUUAGGUGGAAAAGAAAUGCAAUUCUGAGCAGAAAAGUUAAGAA